AUGGAUGUCUUCCUUGAUUUUUGCCGUAAAGAUGUGGACAUUAGCAAAAAUGCAACUAAUGAACUGCUACUUACAAAACACAUGGAUUUCAUUGCUCGUUAUGUCGAAAAUAAGGAAUCAUAUGAAAAUGUUACUACGGAAUAUCUUCGAGUGAGUGGUAUCUAUUGGUGUUUGCAAGCAAUGGACAUAAUGGACUGUUUGCAUGAAAUGGAUGUUAAUGAGAUUGCUGUUUACGUGAAACGGCGUCAGCAACCAAAUGGUGGUUUUGCACCUGCUGAACAACAUGAUGAUCAUUUACUGCAUACAUUGAGUGCUGUACAAAUAAUGAUAAUGCUACGUAAACUGGAUGAAAUUGAUACAGAUGCGGUGGCCCGUUAUGUCACAUCCUUACAAAAUGAAGACGGAAGUUUUGGCGGCGAUGAAUACAAUGAGAUUGAUACUCGCUUCUCAUUCUGUGCAUUGGCGACGCUUCAUUUGAUUGGAAAGUUAGAAAACUCGAUAAACAUAGAAAAAGCUGUAGAUUUCAUUCUUCUUUGUUACAAUUUCGAUGGUGGAUUUGGAAGAAAGCCUGGUUCAGAAAGCCAUGCUGGACAGGUAUAUUGUUGUUUGGGAAGCCUGGCGAUAGCAGAUUGCUUGGAAAUGAUCGACGUUCAGCGAACGGCACGAUGGUUGGCAGAAAGACAAUGUCGGUCAGGUGGCCUGAAUGGUAGACCAGAGAAAUUACCGGAUGUUUGUUACUCCUGGUGGGUACUUGCAUCGUUGAAAAUACUUGGACGAUUGCACUGGAUUGAUAAUAAGUCGAUGAUAAAGUAUAUAUUAGCAUGUCAAGACAAAGAUGGUGGUUUUGCUGAUAGACCAGGAGAUGUGGCUGAUCCUUUCCAUACUGUUUUUGGGCUUGCAGGACUAAGCUUACUUGGCGGUCACAGUAAGUUGUUAACAGCAGUUGAUCCUAUAUUCUGCAUGGGGAAGAAAUGUCUUGGUGAUUUAUCUAUAUGUUAA